AUGAAUGCACUGGAUGAUCCGCUUGUGCCACCUUGCCUAUGGCAGCCAGUUCGUGAGCUUGCUGCAACAAAUGAACAUUUCGGAUUCAUACUCACAAAACACGGCGGUCAUCUCGGUUUCCUGGAAGGCAGUGGUAUCAUUCCAAAUUCGGUUACCUGGCUGGAUCGCUGUAUCGUGGAACUUGCUAACGCAGCUAUCGUUGUUUACAGUGAAGGGACUGAUUAA